AUGGCGUCGCCGGUGCCCAUGAAGCACAUUGACAGAGAGGAUCUCUACACCAAUCUAGAAGCUCGUAUCCAAUAUCUGCAUUCCUUCCUAGACUUUUCAAGUAACGACAUUGAAGCGCUCAUCUCGGGCGCAAAAUACAUCAAAGCUCUGGUCCCUGCCGUCGUCAACAUCGUCUACCGCAAGCUUCUCCAGUACGACAUCACCGCGAGAGCCUUCACGACCAAGAACACCACGCAGGGCGGGGAGGUUGGCGAGGCCCUCCACGAGGACAGUCCCCAGAUCGUACACCGAAAGAUGUUUCUGCGCGCAUACCUCAACAAGCUGUGCUCGGAUCCGAGCAAGAUGGAAUUCUGGGAGUACUUGGACAAGGUUGGCAUGAUGCACGUCGGGCUCGGCAGAAAGCACCCGCUGCACAUUGAAUACGUCCACCUCGGCACGUGUCUAGGCUUCAUCCAGGACAUCAUGACCGAGGCCAUCCUGUCGCACCCCCGGCUGCACAUGUACCGCAAGAUUGCGCUCGUCAAGGCCCUCAACAAGGUCAUCUGGAUCCAAAACGACUUCAUGGCCAAGUGGCACGUCAGGGAGGCCGAUGAAUUCGGCCUCCUGGAGACGGACGUGGUCAUUGAGAAGGAAGGCUAUUUGCACGGCAAGAAGAUUCUCGACGACAAGCUCAUGGCGGAUGCCGGCGCGGGACUGCCAGCGCCCAGCAAGAGCCAGUGCCCGUUUGCGACCAGUCUGCCUAUUCCAUCGCCCUUGAGGACCAGUAUCGAAGUAGACAACGAAGAAACCAGCGUGCCUAUACCGGCAUCUCCCAAGGUUGAGGUUGAGGGUAGAUGA